AUGGCCAACAUUGGCGCCUACCUUCGGUCUGCCAGCCUCCUCUCCAAGGUCCGUCGCAUUCGGCACGGACGCAUUCGCCUGCAUGAGAGUCUCCUGCUCAAGCAGUGCACAGUCCCCCUGCCGCUCUAUGAGAAAUUCGUAGAGUUACGUCUGCAACCACCCUCCUCGGAGUCGGAGGUGGCGGCGGAGGAGGAGGGGGAUGAGGCCCACCAGGACUCCGUGCUCUCAGAGAUCACUACCUCCCUGCCCCAAGACUGUGUGCCGAACAUCUUCACAAACCUCCUUCAGUGCACCCGACUGCAUAGAGCUCAGCCCGGAUAUGGGACUGUAACCCCUGCUCAUCUACCAUUACCUGCUUAA